UGUAGCAGUUGUUAAAUUUUUAGACAUGUUGUUUGGUUAUGAUUCUCCAAUUUAAUAUCGUUAUUAUCAUAUUUAUAAGUAUUCUACUGCUAAUUUAAACAAUAAGAGAUAAAAACUGAAGAAUGGAAGAUAGUUUGAAAUGGAUGAUUAUUCCAGAGUGAUCUUAAUUAUUUGAUAAUUAAUAAUGCAAGUUGAGAAAAAAUUAUAUAUGAUAUAAAUUGAUAAAAAUGAUGGUGUGACAAAAAAAUGGAUUAAACAUUUUGGCGGGGACAGUUUAAUUCUUCUAUACGGCCAAGCCAAGCCAGCCAAGCAAAGAAGGAAUUGGGGGACAGCCUUAAUGGCUUAAUUGGCAGUUUCACGUGUCGUUUUGGUGGUGACUUGACAUCACCACGUGUCAUAGGCGAAGUGGUUUUAGUCCUCUGUGGAGCUGAGCUGGCUUCCACACCGGAGUGCCUGUCCCUCCAACUUUGGUCAAUUUUUUACUCUCCCCCUUCUUAUUUACUCCACUCCCUGUCCACUUAAACCUCUGCACACACAAAGCUCUCCCCCCUCCCCUCUCUCUCUCUCGAUGGCAGCGAAACAAGGCGACGAUCCAUCAGAAGCACCCCUGAAAUACCAGACGUGGGUUUUGAAAGUCGCUAUCCACUGCGAAGGCUGCAAGAAGAAAGUCAAGAAAAUUCUUCAGAACAUUGAUGGUGUUUAUACCACAGUGAUUGAUUCCCAGCAACAAAAAGUUACGGUGACUGGAAAUGUGGCCGCGGAGACUUUGAUCAAAAAGCUGUUAAAAAAUGGGAAACCCGUGGAACUUUGGCCGGAAAAUAAGCCGAAAAAAUCAGGAAAAUCAAAAAACAAGAAGCAGCAAAACGGCCCUGAUGGUAGUGGAAAGGUUAGUGACGAAGGUGAACAGAAGAAUUUAGAAGAGAAAACUGAAAACCCCGAUGAAAUCGGCGGCGAACAGUCACCGGAGGAUGAUGAAGAAGGUGGUGACAUUGAGGCGGCUGCUGCUGAUCAGAAUAUUGGCAUUGGCGGCGGCGGCAAUGGAGGGAAAAAGAAGAAGAAGAAAAAGAAGGGUAAAAAUGGUAAUACAAAUGGUGAAAAUGGCGGCGGUGCAGUAACCGCCGCCGGAUUUUCUACAGCUACUGAGGAUGUUGUGGACCCACCUAUUGGGUCCUUAAAUCUAGGUCCUCUAUCUCAGCUCAUUAACCACCCUUACAUUCCUCCACUUCCAGCUUAUGGACUGAGCUACAACACUUCGUAUCCCAGUACUGGAUCAUCUUACUAUGUCCCUCCGCCGCCACCGCCACCGCCGCUGCCGCACGCAUACACGCACUCACGUGUACAAUAUUAUCCACCACCUCCGCCGGCUGUUCCAAUUCAUGCAUUCUGCAAUGACAACGAUGACGGCUUCAUAGAUGAAGACGAGGGUGGAUGCUCAAUCAUGUGACAAAAAAUUGUAAGGUGCAUACAUAGAUUAUAUUACUAUAAAAAAAUGCUUAGACAUCCUAAUAAAUUGUAUAUUAAAUUAUUAAUUACUCGCGGUGGGUAUGAUGAUUACACCUAAUUAUGAGUAAUUAAUAAUUUAAUUUUUAAAUUAUUAGGAGUUUGUAGGGUGAUUUUGUUAUUAUAUAUUACUAGUUGUAACCUCGUUUUAUGCAUGAAAUGCGAAAAAAUUAAUAACAUAAUUUUUAUA